AUGAAAAUUGACAACGUAUUGCUUUUGAAAUCCAACAUAACUCCAUUCACGGAACUGGAAAUGCACUUGAUUUAUACUGCUUUUAAAACAAAAUGUACUCUUGUUUUUAAAGUAUUCAGGAGCAAGUUCAAAGCUGCUGUGGGUGUCCUUUCUGGAGUGACUACCUGCCUUGUGUUUGUUAAGCCUGCAAUGGACAACAUCUCAUUAAUGACAUUGGGUGUUCCCUGCACAGCUCUGCUCAUUGCUGAGUUGAAGAGGUGUGAGAACUUGCAUGUGUACAAGAUGGGGCUUUUUUCAGGUCUUUGGUGGGCAUUAGCGCUUUUCUGCUGGAUCAGUGAAGCAUCUUGUGAGAUCUGGUCGUCAUUUAACGUUCCAUAUUUGCACUGUGUAUGGCACAUCCUCACUUGUCUUGCUGCUUAUCUUGGUUGUGUCUGCUUUGCCUACUUUGUUGCUGCCUCUGAAAUCCCUGAACAAGGCCCUGUCAUAAAGUUCUGGCCUAGUGAAAAAUGGGCUUUCAUUGGUGUUCUCUGUGUCACCCUUCUCUGUGCACACAAGAAAUCACCUGUGAAGAUUACAUGAAGUCAGCCACAUCAUAGAGGGGCCGAUUUUUAUUUAUUUAUUUAUUUUUUCAU